ACAUUCAUAAUUUAAAACAAAUUCAUAAGGUUUUUUAAGUGUUACUGAUCAUUCUACAUUUUCCAUUCAAAGAUGGAAAAAUCAUUUCAGUCAGCACUAGUUUUGUUCCAGCAUCAGAUUGAGACACGGGGGCACUAAAUGCUGAAUAAACAAACAAUACAGUGGCCAGGAGAAAUCUGCUCAGGAACAUAUUGCUGGUGGAUAACGUGACAAAUACUAAUAAACUUAUCUAUAUCAACAGCCAACAAUAAGACAUAAUAAACGCAAUGUUUUGAAUCUGAAAAGAGCAAAUAUCCUUAGGUUGGUACAAAAAGACAAAGUGUCAGCCCAUUCAAUGACAAUACGCUUUUUCAUAAGGACAAGAUUUAAUCAGUUCUCCAAUAAUGGAGUUUCCAAAUUGGUCAACUAACGAGUGUAUUAUGAGAUCUAGAGUAACUAACUUUUUUUUGUUCUUUCUGAAAUUCCAGUGAUUAAAGCCAGGACUCAGCACUGGAACUGAGGAGGUCCACAUGAAUGGAACUAUGAAGAUCUGCUUGGAGGUUACUCUGAACGGAUCAAAUCAAACAGUCAUCCCUCAAAAGGAAGAGUUUUUGCACGGACCUUACAUAGCAGCUGAAGUAAUGAUAUCCAUUCUGUCUGCAUUUGGAAAUCUACUGGUUUGCAUUGCAGUGGGAUGCAACAAGAAGCUUCGAACCGUCACCAACUACUUCUUGGUCUCUUUGGCAGCAGCUGAUUUCUUUGUAGGCACACUGGCCAUUCCCUUUGCUAUUAUGACAGACCUGGGUCUCCCCCUUAAUAAUCUAUACCUGUGCGCUACUAUUGUGUACAUGCUUAUCACAUUAACCCAGAGCUCUGUCUUCAGCUUGCUAGCAAUAGCCAUUGAGCGCUAUGUGGCAAUCCUGUUGCCGUUCCACUACCAGAGGCUCUUGAAGCCAAGGAAUGCUCGGCUAGUCAUACUGCUAACCUGGUUUCUCGCUUUCCUUUUGAGCUCAGUGCCGCUGCUAAACUUUCAGAACCGAUCCAGUCAGAUUAACUACUGCUUCUUUGCCUGUGUGGUGGACAUGGCCUUCAUGGUGUACUUCAACUUCUUUGGCUGUGUUCUGAUUCCUCUGCUGGCAAUGUUUUUCAUUUAUGCUCACAUCUUCAUAACCGUGAGGAGGCAGGUGAGGCGCAUUGCAGCAUUACACAGUGCAUUAGAAGUGCAACCUAGGCAAAAUUCAGCCAUGCGACGUGAAGCAAAGAAGGCCACCUCAAUUUUCCUGCUUAUCUUCCUUUUUGUGCUGUGCUGGAUGCCAAUUCACAUUCUGAAUUGCUUGCAGCAGUUCUGUCCACAGUGCAUAGUGCCAUUGCCUCUUAUUUUGACAGCAAUCAUUCUUUCCCAUGCCAAUUCGGCCAUUAACCCUCUGCUCUAUACCUAUAGGAUGAAAUCCUUCCGUCAGGCAUUCAAAGGCAUGUUUCUUUGUUGUCGAGUUACUCCUCCACUCUCUGAUACUACUGAAAGCAACGGGCCUUAA